CCAGUCUAUUUUCACGGCUCUGACACUGUCACGAUCAACCCUUUUCGAGUAAAUUUAAAAUCUAAAGGCUUUCAGGAUUAUUUUCGAGCUGUAUUUGCAAAGCAGACGCCUUUCCUCUGCCGCAAACCGAGCUUUAUCUCUCGGCGGAGUUUAAAAUCCCCUUAAAGCAGCAGGAGCAGGAUCUGCAGUCAUGGCGCUCAGCGAUGCCGACGUCCAGAAACAGAUCAAGCACAUGAUGGCUUUCAUUGAGCAGGAGGCCAAUGAAAAAGCCGAGGAGAUAGACGCCAAGGCGGAGGAGGAGUUUAACAUUGAGAAAGGUCGACUGGUUCAGACCCAGCGCUUGAAGAUCAUGGAGUAUUACGAAAAGAAGGAGAAACAGAUCGAACAGCAGAAGAAAAUUCAAAUGUCCAACCUGAUGAAUCAGGCCAGACUGAAGGUCCUGAAGGCCAGAGAUGACAUGAUUGCGGAUUUACUAAACGACGCACGUCAGCGACUAGCGAAUGUAGCCAGAGAUCCGUCCAGAUACGCGGCUCUGAUGGACGGACUGGUUCUGCAGGGUUUUUACCAGCUGCUGGAACCUAAAGUGACCAUCCGUUGCCGCAAACAGGAUGUGGGGAUUGUGCAGGCCGCCGUGCAGAAAAACAUCUCCAUCUACAAAGCAGCAGUAAAGAACAAUCUAGAAGUGCGCAUCGACCAAGACAACUUCCUCUCUCCAGAAAUCUCUGGAGGUAUUGAGCUCUAUAAUGCGGACGGGAAAAUUAAAGUGGCAAACACUCUGGAGAGCCGACUGGAGCUCAUCGCACAGCAGAUGAUGCCUGAAAUACGAGUCGCCCUGUUUGGUGCGAACCAGAACCGCAAGUUCAUGGACUGAUGGAUCUUUCUGGAGAUCGGCAGUGUUUUGAUGUUGUAUUUUUAUUUUGAUGUUAAAAAUCCAUUCCUGCGUCUCUAUCUGUACUGUAUUUAAGAAGACAUCACCUGUGUGUGUGUGUGUGCGUAUGAUUCAUCAUUGCUGUAUAAAGAUCAAAAUAGUGUCCUGCACAUUUCUGUGUUAGAUUAUGAAUAAAUUAAAGCUCCGUUAUGUUCCUAUAAAGUCUUAAAGUGAUGCAUAACCCUCGCUUCAUGAAGAAAAUAUGACUUUUUUUUUUAUUUGCAUUCCUGUAAUGAGGAGCAUGAUCUGUAUAUCUGAAGCAAACGUGUCUGUCGAUGAUGCAAAAAGACUAUAUUGAUGUGAAAACUAUAAUGAAAACCCAUAUGGCCCAGA